AUGUCUCUUAUCUACGGGUUGGUAGCUCGAGGUCCUGUCAUUUUGGCAGAAUAUACCAGUUCUUCCGGCAAUUUCACUCAAGUUACUCAGGCGAUUCUUGAAAAGAUUCCACCAAAUAACUCCAAGCUGACAUACGUUUAUGACAGAUAUCUUUUUCAUUAUAUUUGCGAAGAUGGGCUCACUUACAUGUGUAUGGCUGAUGAUACAUUUGGACGACGAAUUCCGUUUUCCUUUUUGCAGGACAUUAAAGAACGGUUUUUAGCUACUUAUCCGAAAGAAAGAGCAAACACAGCGUUGCCUUAUGGUAUGAACGAAUUUUCAAAAGUUAUUGCAAAACAAAUGGAAUAUUUUUCAAAUGAUCCACAUGCGGAUAAAAUUAAACAAGUGCAUGGAGAAAUUGAACAAGUUAGAGACGUUAUGGUUCAUAACAUUGAACGUGUUUUGGAACGUGGAGAAAGAAUUGAGCUCUUGGUUGACAAAACUGAUACUCUAAACCAACGAGCAUUCGCCUUUAAAAAGCGAAGUACUGCUUUGAAGCGAUCAAUGUGGUGGAAAAAUACAAAACUGAUGAUUCUUUUGGGAUUCGUUAUUAUUUUGCUCAUUUACUUUGUUAUUAGUCUUGCUUGUGGAUUUCCUACUUGGCAGUCUUGUCGCGGCUAA